AUGGCGCGACUGCAGGGUGCGCUGGACAACGAAGUGCACGUCGCGGUUCAGAGAUUCUUACAAGACGGUGCCAAACCAGACGUCGAUGUGCUAUAUACGGCCAUACAAAAAUCGAACUCGUCCCUCAAGCGAAGGCCAAAGAAGCUACUGCACGGAAGCCUAGAGCGUGUGCUGGACUUCCUCGACGUCAAAGAAUCGAGCGACUCCGAGGCCGAAAUUGAGCAGAGGGUAUUAUCAACCGCUACAGAUGCGAGUGCUAUGAACCGAUCUCUGAGAAUGAACCUCGCCGCCCCCUCCAGUCCCCAGCCGGUGAAUGGUGAUCAGCCUCAGAAGCGCCAGCGACUGCCGAACGGUGAGCCCGUUCUCAAGCGCCGAAAGCCAGAUGCCGCCAGUACAGCGCCGCCAGAAGGGCUCUCCCUGAGAGACAUUGGGGGGAUGAACGAAGUGCUUGGCCAGCUGAAGAAGUCUCUGGUCUGGCCUCUCCUCUUCCCUGGCAAAUACAAUGCCAUGAAGGUCAAGCUCCCAAAUGGUAUCCUGCUCCACGGACCACCGGGAUGCGGCAAGACCAUGAUUUCUCGAGCUCUCGCCUCCGCUAUGGGCUUGCCUUUCGUGGAGAUACUGGGACCAUCGAUUGUUUCUGGUAUGAGUGGUGAGAGCGAGAAGGCCAUCAGGGAAAGAUUCGACGAAGCGAAAAGGAAUGCGCCGUGUCUCAUAUUCAUGGACGAGAUCGAUGCUAUUGCGCCGAAGCGGGAUACCAGUCAGUCGCAAAUGGAGAAGAGGAUUGUUGCACAGCUGUUGGUUUCUAUGGACGAACUGGAGCGCGACACUACAAAGCCUGUUAUGGUUCUAGCGACUACAAAUCGACCGGACAGCCUUGACCCUGCGCUCAGGAGAGGAGGCAGGUUUGACACAGAGAUCAAUAUCGGCGUUCCCAACGAGCAGGUGCGGCGGUCUAUCCUUCAAGCGCAAACUCGAGAAGCUCCACUGGCCGAUGACGUGGAUUUCAAGAAGCUGGCGAAGAUGACAGCAGGCUUCGUUGGAGCCGACCUCCACGACCUGGUUAGCAAGGCUGGCUCAUGGCAAUUGGAGCGCUACUUCACUGCGAUGGAGAACCAGGUUUACGAGCAGUCCAUGAAUCUGGACCACUCAGAAGAGGUGGACUCCAUCUACAACAUUAUCAAGCGAGCCACCAGGAACGACCUCGAAGAACCAGACGAAUAUGACAUGAGCAUGACCAUGGAGGCAUUCCUAGCAGUGUUGCCUGCAAUCACCCCCUCCUCGAAACGAGAAGGAUUCGCAACCAUCCCCGACGUCUCAUGGAACGAUAUCGGUGCGCUCGAGAACGUCAGGAAGGAGCUCCAAGUGGCCAUUGUCGAGCCCAUUACACAUCCAGAGAAAUAUGCAGCGCUGGGCAUCACUUCUCCGUCCGGCGUACUACUUUGGGGCCCACCUGGGUGUGGAAAGACUCUUCUGGCAAAGGCUGCUGCGGCGGAGAGCAAGGCCAACUUCAUAUCAGUCAAGGGGCCGGAGCUGCUCAACAAGUUCGUGGGAGAGUCGGAAGCAGCCGUGCGUCGGGUGUUCACUCGUGCCCGCUCAAGCGUGCCUUGUGUUAUCUUCUUCGAUGAGCUAGAUGCCCUAGUGCCAAGACGAGGUGAGGAAGGCUCCGAGGCCAGUUCACGAGUGGUAAAUACCCUCCUUACCGAACUCGACGGCCUCGACGACCGUGAAGGCAUCUACGUAAUCGGCGCCACCAACCGUCCAGACGUAAUCGACGACGCCAUGCUCCGCCCCGGCCGGCUCGGAACCCGCCUUUUCGUCGAUCUCCCAGGCGCGAACGAACGAGCUGAGAUUCUCCGAGCGCUGGUGCGUGGCAGACCUAUUGCGAGCUUGGAGAAGGUGGACGACAUCGCUCGCGGCUGCGAGGGGUUCAGUGGGGCAGAUCUGAAGGCUUUGCUCAGAGCGGCGGGAGAGAGCGCUAUUCUCCGCGAAGCUAGCAGUGUUGAUGAGCAUGACUUUGAGUACGCGAGGGGCAAGGUCGCCGGGUCGGUGGGGAAUAUGGAUAAGUACUACAGGUUGAAGAAGAAGUUUGGGAAUCGGUAG